AUGCAGUCUAUCUCUGCAAUUAUCAGUAGCGCUGGAAAAGUAUACAAGAUAAAUAAGCUUGCUAUAUAUAAUAGUAAUCAGAAGAUGCUGCAUGGAUUCCUUACUUACUGCAGAGCAUAUUUCCUAUAUUAUAAAACUCAGUUUAUUAAGAAAUCUGAGAAGAUUAUUCUUAUAGGAACUCAUCUUGAAAAGAAUGCUCUUAUCUAG